AUGUGUGACCAGCAGCAGAUUCAGUGUUACCAGCCGCACCCCCAGUACUGUGUGACAUGUUCCCCCUUCUGCAUCUCCCAGUCCCCUUGUGCCAACAGCCAGGUGGUGGUCCAAGCCCCCUGUGAGAUGCAAAUUGUGGAGUGCCCUGCACCAUGCCCAGUUCAAGUCUGCCAGGUAAAAUGCCAGGCUCCAUGUCAGUCUAAAACUACAGAGGUGAAGGGACAAGUUUCAUGCCAGUCUAAGACCACCCAGGUGAAGGGCCAAGCUCCAUGCCAGUCUAAGACCACCGAGGCGAAGGGUCAGGCUCCAAGCCAGCCUCAGAUUACAUGUGUUCAAAGCCAGGCUCCAUUGCAGUCUGAGGUCUCCUAUGUGCAGUGUGAAGGCCCAUGCCCCGUGCAGACCUGCUAUGUAGAAUGUGCUCCAGUUUGUUAUACAGAAACUUGUUAUGUGGAAUGCCCAGGCCAGAGCUAUGUACCCUGCCCGGCACCUCAGCCUGUCCAGACUUAUGUAACAGGUCCCCCGGUGUGCCAGCCUCAGGGAAGAUUCUCCACCCAGUGCCAAUAUCAGGGCUCCUACAGCAGCUGCGCCCCCCAGCGCCAGUCCCGGGCUUCAUUUAGCACCUGUGCGCCCCAGUGCCAGACCCAGGGCUCUUACGGGAGCUUUCCUGCACAGAGUCGCUCUCGGAGCACCAGCAGGUGCCUCCCUCCUCGCCAGCUGCAGCCUUCUUACCGCAGCUGCUCCCCACCACGACGUUCUGAGCCCUACUACAGCAGUAGCUGCCUGCCGUCAAGAUGUUCUCCGAGCUCCUAUAACUAUUGUACCCCACCCCGCCGCUCUGAGCCCAUCUAUAACAGUGACUGUUCUCGGCGUCCCACUUUGGGCUGCUCUCAGAGAUGUGGACCCAAGUGCCGAAUAGAGAUUUCCUCCCCUCGCUGCCCCAAGCAGGUUCCCCCCCAGAAGUGUUCUGUUCAGAUUCCUCCCAUCAGACGCUGCCCUGAGAGUUGUGCCCCACGACACUCCUGGGUUACCUCCUGCCCGGAUCUGAGACCACGUGCAGAGCCGUGUCCACUCCCAAGCUUCCGUCCUCCGCAGCGUUUGGACCAAUGUCCAGAGCCAUCAUGGCGGAGAAGUCCACCUCCAUCUCCAUGCCCACGUCCACUUCCGGCUCCACGCCCACACCCACUUCCGGCUCCACGUACGUGUUCACGUCCAGAGCGGUGCGGAAGUCCAGAGUUCCGUCCCUGCUCUCCACCGCGGCGAAUUUUGGAACCUUGUGUGUAUCCAGAACCACGUCCAGUGCCAUUUCCAGCCCCGCGUCAUCCUCGCCCAGUGCAGUGUGAUCUUCCAGCACCGCGUCCGUGUCCGCAGCCCUGUGAGCGCCAAGAAUCUUUUCCACGUCCGGAGCCAAUUCCGCUUCCAUCGCCCUGCCCAAGCCCAGAGCCCCGUGUGGAGCCGCGACGUUGUCCCAGCCCCUGCUCAGGUCCAAAUCCAAAUCCGUGCACAGGGGACCUAGGCUGUCGUGAGUCCAGUCCACACCGCCUGGACACUGAGGCCCCCAUCUGUGGCCCAGCUGGUUAUGACUGGUGGCAAGAGAGUGAGCCUAGGUGCAGACCUUGCGAUGUAGGCCUUCCCGAGUCACAGGGUCUUGGUGGUUGUGGAGACCAAGGAGGCGUCAGUGUUGGAGUGAAAGGUGGAACCCGUGAUGGAGCAAAGGGUGCCUACUUUUAA